GCAAGAAAAUAAAAUAAAAAAAGUAGCAAAAGUUGUGAAAUUGUUAUUGAAACUCGUAACAUUGGCAAGAAAUGGAAGCAUCAAAAGGAAAGUCUCAUCCUCCAAACAAAAAUGAAAGAAAAUUGAAAUCGUGUAAAGGAUGGUUAUACUAUUCUUCAAUUCGCAAUUCAAAUUCCAAAAAUAACCCUACUUGCUUUGGCAUCUCCCAAACCUUUCACCAAUUUCCUUCUCACAUAGUUGGAAAAGCUGAUUUGGAUAAGUCAAAGCUGCGCACAAAUCUUUCAAAUUUCAACUAUACUUGUCUUGGAUAUUCCAUCUACUUAGACAACAAAAAUAUUUCAGCUAAUUCACACAAACAAGUAUCCAAAUUUCCUAUUUGUGUUGCUGGUCUUGAGAUGUUGAUAAAUGAGAAGCCUCCAGAGUCCCCUGUUGAUCAUGAUCCUGCUCCUGCAUAUAAAAGUGAAGAGAAUGAACACACUAGUACUCCUCAACCUCAAAGUUCUAAGCCUCAACAUUUCAAAGGAGAAAAUUUCUUUAACAGAUUUAUAAGAAAUGCGAGCAUAGUGGCAUCAGGCGUUGCAAAAAACUUGAACAGAGUGGGUAAUUAUGUAAAAGAUACCGUAGAUGACACUUUAAAUCCCGAACGUAAGAGACCAAAAUGAAUCAGACGAUUAAAGUUUGUAUAUGUCCACAAGAAUUACAAUGGCUUAGAGUUGUACAUACAAGUAUUUCUUAUGUCAAUGUGGAACAUAUUUAUGAUGUUCAUUGCAUAUUUCUUGUUAAUCAAUGAAUAAUGAUUUACAAUGAAUUUUACA